AUGGCAAAAGCUUAUUGGAUUGGAAAUGAUGCCUUGGUUUGUCAUGCUUUUAACAAGGAUGCUUCUUUAAUGGCUGUCUCCAUUAACACUAACAAUGUCUACAUUCUCUCCGUUCCUCGUUCUUCUGGGGAGCGCUUCAAGUUGGUAGAUACGCUUAAGGAACACUCUGCGUUGGUUAUGGGAAUUGACUGGUCGCCUACCACUAAUCAAAUAGUAUCUUGUUCAGCCGAUCGAAAUGCCUAUGUAUGGAAACAGACUCGCGAAGGAAAAUGGAAACCUACUCUCGUGGCCCUGCAGUUGAAUAGAGCUGCUGUUUGCGUUAGAUGGUCGCCUCUCGGUAACAAGUUCGCUGUCGGUUCUGGGAGCAAGGUAGUGUCUGUGUGCUUCUUCGAGCAGGAGCAGGAUUGGUGGGUCUCAAAACACAUUAAAAAGGGCCUCAAAUCUACAGUUACUUGCGUCGACUGGCAUCCAAACAACAACAUUCUUGCCUGCGGUUCCACCGAUUAUCGUGUUCGUGUUUUUUCCGCGGUCAUCAAAGAAGUUGAUUCUGAGGGAGCUGACUCGAUCUGGGGUCCCAAAAGUCCAUUUCAAACUUUGUUAUUUGAGGCCUACAACGGUCAUGGCUCGUGGAUUCAUAGCAUAUGCUUUUCGGCCGACGGAAAUAAAUUGGCAUGGACAGGCCAUGACUGUUCAUUGAGUAUCGCGGAUGCAAGCAAUGGCUCUCCGCCUGUCGUGCAGACAAUCAGGCACCAGUUCCUUCCACUGACAAGUUGUAUGUGGAUUGCUCCAAGCAGCGUGCUUGCCGCAGGUCACGAUUGCUGUCCCAUCCUCUUCAAGUACAAUGGACCACAAGGUGGCAUUUCUGAGGGCAAAUCGAUCGAUAUAAAAAACGAGUCCCAAGCUGAAAGCACGCUGUCGGCAAUGCGCAAAUUCCAGCACAUCGAUCGUAUGGCGACAACGGACACUACCGGCGCACGUCUUUCGACUAUUCACCAAAACUCUAUCAACGAGCUCUGUAUCUUGGAGGGCAACAGGUCGAAGGCCAGUCAGGUCUCCUCGAUCGGUCGUGACGGGCAGUUGGUGGUUUGGAACAUGGUCUCGUUGUCUUCGCAAAUCGCAGGUCUUACCAUCAGCUAG